CCAAAAGAAAACAACUAGUAGAGUGACUAAAGUGAAAAAGGAAGGAAGGAAGGAAAGAAACCCCCAGAAUAAUCAAACCCAUUCAUUCCAGUCGCUCCCUAAAAACCAAGUUUUUCGUUUCUCCCCUAACUGCUUUUUCUAUUGUGAUCCAUCACACACACUUAUAAAUACCCAUAUUAUAAUAGUGAUAAUAAUAAUCAUAAGCCACGUAAGAUAAAAGAAGAAGGAUGACUCUAGGUUUGAUAAACGCAAACCCGGUAGUCCGUGAAAUUAAAGAUCGAGUUACUCGACCAGCAGAUUCUCAUCAUGAAUCUUCCGCCGUUGAUCCUCUCGAUAUUUAUGAUUUUGUACGAGAUAUAAGGGAUCCGGAACAUCCGUAUUCCUUGGAACAGCUCAGUGUUUUGUCUGAAGACUCUAUCACCGUCGACGAAAAGCUCGGCCGCAUUCUGAUAACUUUCACCCCAACGAUUCAGCACUGCAGUAUGGCACCUGUGAUCGGUCUAUGCCUAAGGGUUAAACUCAAGGAUUGUUUCCCUCCACAUUUCAAGGUAGACAUCAAAGUAACUCCUGGAUCCCAUGCAGAUGAAGAAGCAGUUAACAAGCAGUUAAAUGACAAGGAAAGAAUUGUGGCUGCCAUGGAAAAUCCUAAUCUUCGACAACUUGUUGAUGAGUGCGUUCAGUCGAGUGAGCUCUAAUCAAUGCCCGCUCUGUUGUACAGUAAGCUUACUUUGUGGCCUGUGUCGUUUCCAGUAGUAAUCCGUCUGCUUUUUUGUAUAACAAAAUGGUAUCUUUUUGAAACAUCCGACUAGUUCCAUAUUUCAUGAUCGCCCAAUAUCCUGUAUUGUUCUAUCUGGUAUUGUUCAUAAUGCAGUCUUGUGCUAUGUUAUUGUACUUUUUGGCA